UUUGUCUGGCUUUGCCUCCCUGACUUGAUUAACGCCUUCGUGACUCCAGGAAAGUUGCAGCUCAAUGGGAGUCUGGAGGAGUCUUUUGUAAUCCCAAACAUCUCAGGUUUCUUUUUCUGGGAUAACGACAGCCUGGCAGACUGGCAGAGCUUCGUGGGCAGGAGCCGGUAUGGAGCCGAGUCACAGAGCCUCACGGUGAAAGCCCUGCUUGUCGUGGCAUACUCCUUCAUCAUCGUCUUCUCCCUCUUUGGCAACGUCCUGGUCUGUCACGUUGUCAUCAAGACCAAGCGCAUGCACUCUGCCACCAGCUUGUUCAUCGUGAACCUGGCCGUGGCUGACAUCCUGAUCACGCUCCUAAACACGCCGUUCACGCUGGCUCGUUUUGUGAACAGCAGCUGGAUAUUUGGGAAAGGGAUGUGCCACGUCAGUAGGUUUGCACAGUACUGCUCCCUCCACGUCUCUGCCUUGACCCUCACAGCCAUUGCUGUGGACAGACACCAGGUUAUAAUGCACCCUCUGAAACCUCGCAUAUCUACUACAAAAGGUGUUAUCUACAUCUCUGCAAUCUGGAUCAUGGCAACUUGUUUUUCCCUGCCACAUGCUAUCUACCAAAAACUCUUUAUUUACAAAUACAGUGAGGAGGUCACCCGGUGCCUGUGCCUGCUGGAUUUCCCUGAGCCUGCUGACCUCUUCUGGAAGUACCUUGACUUAACAACCUUCAUUUUGCUCUAUGUCCUGCCCCUUCUGAUCAUCUCUGCUGCCUAUGUGAAGGUGGCCAAGAAGCUCUGGCUGCGCAACGUCAUCGGGGACGUCACCACUGAGCAGUACGUGGCCCUUCGCAAGAAGAAUAAGAAGACCAUAAAGAUGCUGAUGCUUGUUGUCAUCCUUUUUGCAGUCUGCUGGUUCCCCUUGAACUGUUAUGUCGUCCUCCUCUCCAGCCAGACCAUCUACACCAACAAUGCCCUGUACUUUGCCUUUCACUGGUUCGCUAUGAGCAGCACCUGCUACAACCCCUUCAUCUACUGCUGGCUCAACGACAGCUUCCGAUCCGAGCUGAAGGCUUUGCUCAACAUGUGCAGAAAGCCUCCUGGGCCCACAGAACAGAUGCUUCCCUCCACAGUCCCAUCCUACCGAUUGGCUUGGCCAGAAAAUGGCAACUUUAAGAGGUUGCAGGGCUCCCAUGUCCUUCCAUCAGCCUCCAACCUCCAGUCAGGAAAGACAGACAUCUCUGCAGUUGAGCCAAUAGUAGCUGUGAGCUGA